AUGGAAACCUCAUUGUGUUGCUUUCAUGACUGUUGUCUUCAGCAAUAUGAUAAAAAAGGAGCACGAGUGUGGAAACGAGUUCGUCAAAGGAUCCUUCCACCAAAUGUUAGAACUCAUGAGAUAUGGAAUAUAGAUGUGGAUCGGCUGUAUGUCCCUAUUCAUGUCGGUGAGAUUCAUUGGAUCGCUUUGUGCAUUUGUUUCCAAACCAAACACAUUGAUGUGUUUGACUGCUCUGGUGUAAAAAGGUAUAGGGAGGUGGAUGGGUUCACGAACCUUGUUCCGCGUAUUGUGAAGGCAGUUCAGCCAGCGAUAUACCAGAAGGAUUUCACUGUAAGUCUGUAUACGGUUACGUAUGUCCCAAUGGAGAGUCUAAAUGCAGGUGCUUGUGAUUGUGGUGUCUACACACUGAAUUUCAUUGAGUGUCAUGCUCUUGGAUUGGAUUUGUCAUUACUGAAUGAUGAAAACAUCAAAGAAGCACGUCUUAGAGUUUUGUGGGAUCUUUGA